AUGCAGACCCAACAGCCUCCUCUCAUCAGAUCAGCUCCCAAACCUGCCAGUGACCCCGCUCACGGUGCUGCCAUGAUCUUUCUCCAUGGCCUUGAUGAUGAUGCUAUGGGAUGGGAGAGUCUGUCUCCUUCCCUUCUGCCCACCAAUAAGAACUCACACUGCAUCCAGNACAUAGCCACACAGUUCCACCAAGGAAACAAGCUACCCUAUAUGCAAUGGAUCUUCCCAAAUGCACCACAUAACAUGGACGCCAGACAGAAUGCAUGGUACACACCCUCGUCUCUGCAACCUGCCCCUGCUGGCCGUCCCGAACUGGCUGCAGACGAAGAUGAGGAGGGCCUGAUGAAAAGUGUCGAGUACGUCGAAUCGCUCAUUAGCGAUCUGACAUCAAGAGGAAUACCGCCCAACCGCAUAGUUCUGGGAGGCUUCUCGCAGGGCUGUGCUCUUGCUUUGCUCACCGAGUUGACUUCGCGCUACAGCGGAAAACUUGCAGGCAUCGUCGGCUUGAUGGGCUAUUUACCGCUGCCCGAGACCAUUCAAAAGUUACGCACCCAUGCGGGACUACCCCACGUUGUCGGCCAUGUGCCCAUUUUUCUGGGACGCGGGACUUCUGACAGACUGAUUCCACGUAGCAAAUGGACCGAAGGCUUGAACAAACUGAAGGACUUGGGCGUCGACGAUGGAGCCCUGGAGAUCAAAGAGUAUGAGGGCUUGGCGCAUGCGCUAUCGCCUGCUGUCUUGCAGGACUUGAGUAAAUGGUUGGAGAAAGUGGUACCCAAGUUGGAAGAUUAA